AUGUGCGACCGUGCCCUCCCCGACGAACGCUUCAUCGGACGUAUCACUCGGAAAAAGGGUAAUUACGCUGAAGCUACUAAGCUUCAAACUUUAACUCCUCCUUUUCAUACUGUAUAUCCUCCUUGUGUCUAUGUUCCUCAUUAUGGUGGUUGCAAGACGCAGAAUUUGUCUUAUCAAGCUCAGGUUAAAGCUAAAGAGGAACAGGUUCGCGACUUAAUCAUACAUGUUGGAAGGUUUUCUCAGAAAGAAUUGGAAUUGCAUGGGAUUAUGAAGCCUAUUGUUCCUUUUGAUAUUCAAUUUUAUUAUAGGAACAAGAUGGAAUUCUCGUUUGGUCCUUAUAAAUGGUUGCCUAAAGAGUUGUUGCACGAAGGAAAUGUUGAUGGUGGAAGUGAGAAUUAUGCACUUGGAUUGCAUGUUCCUGGUUUUUUUGAUAAGAUUAUAAACGUUGACAAAUGCUUACUCCAAACUGAUCCUGCUAAUAAGGUUCUUGCAGCUAUUCAAGAGUGUUGGAGGGAUCCACAACUUGGUUUCUCUCCUUACAAUGUUCAUUCACACGUAGGAUUUCUUAAGCAUUUGAUGCUAAGAAGUGGAAAGUAUUUAAGGGUCAUAACUAACAUGAGUAGUGCAGCAGGAAAGACACCUGCCCCAGGUCAGGCUAUAUACUCGGCUUCUAAAUUUGCAUUAAAUGGGUACUUCCAUUCCUUGCGUUCAGAGCUCUGUCAGAAAGGAAUCCAGGCUCAAUCAAGAUCACGAUCGAGAUCAAGGUCGAGGUCUGUGCCUAGACAAAGACCAAGAUCUGACUCCAGAGGCCGUGGCAGAUCAAGGUCUCGGAGCCCGGAAAGGGCGGCCAAUCCUACAAAUCCUGGUAAUACACUUUAUGUUACUGGUCUAUCUUCAAGGGUCAUUGAGAGGGACCUAGAGGACCAUUUUUCCAAGGAGGGAAAAGUUGCUUCAUGCUUUCUUGUAGUGGAGCCACGUACCUGA